AAAAUUGGAAAGAGGCGGCCUUCAUCCUCAAAAGAGCGCUAAGCGUUAGUAUAUUUAAGAUCUUUAUUGACACAAAGCGGUGAGGGAAUAGAAAUGAAGUUGGACGCUGUCAAAACAACCGCCUAAGUAACCUUACAACGCGUUAGGUUAGCUAUGGAGACUAGUUAUGAACUUCCUCCGUGUCAGACUCAAUGGGAAUCUACUAAUUCUUUCUGGAGCAACGUUGAGCUCGAGAAAGUUGAGAAAGACGAACAGUUAUUGAAUAGGAAAAUGGAUCAAGCCGAGAUACAAUUUGGUUUGGAUCAAACUUUAGCCGGAAAUGAGGCUCAAGUUAUCUUGAACCAGAUAAAGUUGGGUAUUUUAUCGGAUAGGAAGAAUUCCAAGAGAAAAGCUACCAAUGAUGAUACAGGUAAGGACGAUACAGAUGCAUUAACAUCACCCAUAGAAAAGGAUGAGAUCGAUAGUUUUUUUCAAAGCGCCACUAAACAAAGUGCGAUUAUGAAACGACUGAAAUUGGAUGAAAAGAACAUUCUCAACGAGGAAGGCGAGCUUAUUAGUUAUUUACACUCACAAAAAGUAUUAAAUGAAGGAAUUGAAUUGGAAACACAUAAAAAGGGCCCGAGGGUGACGAAGAAAUAAAGCUUGAUUUUACAAGCAUUGAAAAAGAAUUGUUACGGGAACAAUCAAAUGAGUGGGAAGUCGGUACCAUAAAUGUAUCGCAAAGAUUUAGAAAAUAUCAAAUAGAAAUCCUCGAGAAAGCGAAGACUGAUGGAAUA